AUGGCCUACCCGGGCCCAAGCUCGCCAGGAGGCUAUAACGAUGGCCAUCGGCUGCAGGACAUCACUCCCUCUGCAAGUCAAUACCAUCUGCCGCAGGAGGACGAGUCGUCUCGCUCGCUUCUCAACCAGGGUCCCUACGGCGGCCCCUUUGACGACCCCCAGCAACGCGGAACAUCUCCUGUUAGGCCCUCCUCCAAGUACAGCCUGACUGAAACCUAUUCGACCGACGCUCCCGCCAUGGCCCAGUACCCGCAGGACCAGAUGCAGAAUCCUGCAGCCGGCUUUGGCGUGCCCGGACGCGUGCCUUCUCCUUAUACCCGCAGUGAGACCUCUUCCACCGAGGCCUGGCGCCAGAGACAGGCUCCCCAGCAAGGCAACCUGCGACGUUAUGCCACCCGAAAGGUUAAACUUGUCCAAGGAUCCGUCCUCAGUAUCGACUACCCGGUGCCCAGUGCUAUUCAGAACGCUGUCCAAGCCAAGUACCGCAACGACCUUGAGGGCGGUAGUGAGGAGUUCACCCAUAUGAGAUAUACUGCUGCUACCUGUGAUCCUAACGAGUUUACGCUGCACAAUGGCUACAAUCUACGUCCCGCCAUGUACAACCGUCACACUGAGCUGCUCAUUGCCAUUACAUAUUACAACGAAGAUAAGGUGCUUACUGCUCGUACUCUUCAUGGUGUCAUGCAGAAUAUCAGAGAUAUUGUCAACUUGAAGAAGUCCGAGUUCUGGAACAAGGGCGGCCCAGCCUGGCAGAAGAUUGUCGUGGCUCUCAUCUUCGACGGUAUUGACCCUUGUGACAAGGAUACUCUUGACCUCCUGGCUACCGUUGGUGUCUACCAGGAUGGUGUCAUGAAAAAGGAUGUUGACGGAAAGGAGACCGUUGCUCACAUUUUCGAGUAUACCACACAACUUUCUGUGACCGCCAACCAGCAACUCAUCCGGCCCCAUGAUGACAGCCCUUCUACUCUUCCGCCAGUUCAGAUGAUGUUCUGUCUCAAGCAGAAGAACAGCAAGAAGAUCAACUCCCACAGAUGGCUCUUUAACGCGUUUGGCCGUAUCCUCAACCCUGAAGUCUGCAUCCUGCUCGACGCAGGUACCAAGCCAGGGCCAAAAUCCCUGCUUGCCCUCUGGGAGGCCUUUUACAACGACAAGGAUCUCGGUGGAUGCUGUGGCGAGAUUCACGCUAUGUUGGGUAAGGGUUGGAAGAACCUCAUCAACCCUCUUGUUGCCGCACAGAAUUUCGAGUACAAGAUCAGUAACAUUCUCGACAAACCCCUGGAGAGUUCCUUUGGUUACGUCAGUGUGUUGCCCGGUGCAUUCUCUGCCUACCGAUUCCGUGCCAUCAUGGGAAGACCGCUGGAACAGUACUUCCAUGGUGACCAUACCCUGUCCAAACAGCUCGGCCCUAAGGGUAUUGAGGGCAUGAAUAUCUUCAAGAAGAACAUGUUCUUGGCCGAAGAUCGUAUCCUCUGUUUCGAACUUGUCGCCAAAGCCGGAUCCAAGUGGCAUCUUACUUACGUCAAGGCCUCCAAGGGUGAAACUGACGUUCCCGAGGGCGCCCCAGAGUUCAUCGGUCAGCGUCGUCGAUGGCUUAACGGUUCGUUCGCUGCCAGUAUCUACGCUCUCAUGCACUUCGGCAGAAUGUACAAGAGUGGACAUAACAUCCUUCGCAUGUUCUUCUUCCACAUUCAGAUGUUAUACAACACUUUCACCGUCUUCAUGACUUGGUUUGCUCUCGCUUCGUAUUGGCUUACUACAGCCGUUAUCAUGGACCUUGUCGGCAACCCUGGCCCAUCUAACGGUAACAGAGCUUUCCCUUUCGGUAACAAGGUCACGCCCAUUCUGAACACUCUUUUGAAAUACGCAUACCUCGGCUUUUUGCUCCUACAGUUCAUCCUGGCUCUCGGUAACCGACCCAAGGGUUCCAAGCACUCAUACAUCACAUCGUUCGUUCUCUUUGGCAUCAUCCAGCUGUAUAUUAUCAUUCUGUCCAUGUACCUGGUUGCUCGAGCUUUCUCUGGCGGUACCUCCCUGUCAUUCGAAACUGACCAUGGCCCCGUCGAGUUCUUGAAAUCCUUCUUUGGCUCAUCUGGCCCCGGUAUCAUUGUCAUCGCUCUCGCCGCUACCUUUGGUCUCUACUUCAUCGCCUCGUUCAUGUACUGUGACCCAUGGCACAUGUUCACCUCUUUCCCGGCCUAUCUACUUAUCAUGUCCUCGUACAUCAACAUCCUCAUGGUCUAUGCUUUCAGCAACUGGCACGAUGUGUCUUGGGGUACCAAGGGAUCCGACAAGGCCGAUGCUCUACCAUCUGUACAGACGACCAAGGAAGACGGAAAAUCUGCCACUAUUGAAGAAGUUGACAAGCCCCAGGCAGACAUUGACAGUCAGUUCGAAAGCACUGUCAAGCGCGCCCUGACCCCGUAUGUCGAGCCCAAGGUGGAUGAGAAGAAGACGCUCGAGGAUUCGUACAAGAGUUUCCGUACCCGUUUGGUCUCUUCCUGGCUCUUCUCCAAUGCUAUCCUUGCCGUCGCCAUUACAAGUGAUAAUUUGACAGCUCUCGGUUUUACCUCACGAGCUACCGAACGUACCAGUCGUUUCUUCCAGUCUCUUCUGUGGGCAACGGCUGCGCUCUCCCUCAUUCGAUUCAUCGGAGCAUGCUGGUUCCUUGGUAAAUCUGGCAUCAUGUGCUGUUUCGCAAGAAGAUAG